AUUGUCCUUAUGCUCCCACGCGCAUUUCCUUCUGUUCAUUUUCUUAGACCUCUGCAAACUCUCCCCUCUAGACCAUUGAAGCCUCGGUCUCUUUCUGGUGUCUUUUUGAAGUCGGUUCUGCCGAGCAGAUCCCAGUCACACUACGACAAGAACUUUGGGACCAUCAUAAACUUGUCAUAUUCACCCCAUCGACGCUUCUCCACUUGUGCAGCGAGAAAAUCCGUCAUGGCUUCAGAAAUAAGUGAGAAGAUCACAUCUUUGUCAAUAGACGAGAUGGCCAAGGCCAAGAACCCCGUCGACUUCUACCGACAACAUAUUGCAGAGAGGCUAGCUCCCAUUGUAAAUCGAAAAGAUGCCGAAAUUAUUCCUCUGCUGCAGUGGACGGCUACACUCGACAAGGGAGACCUGAUGCUGCCGGUGGCUGCACUGCGGGUCAAAGGCAAACCACCUCAGGAUCAAGCCAAAGAAAUUGCCGAAGCAUUUCCUACUACUGACGACACGCUAGCAACAGCAUCUCACAAUGGUCCCUUUGUUCAGUUUUUCUACAAACCAGAACACUUGAUCAGAACGGUGAUACCUGAGAUCCUCACAAGUAGGAAAGCAUACGGCACCAACCCGACAUCUGGCCUCAAAGAUCCAUCGGAUCCCUCCAAGGGCCAAAAACGGGUCAUUGUGGAAUUCUCGUCACCAAACAUUGCCAAAGAAUUCCACGCAGGUCAUCUUCGAAGCACGAUUAUUGGAGGGUUUCUCGCCAAGCUAUACAAGAUCAUGGGCUGGGAGGUUAUCAAGAUGAAUUACCUUGGUGACUGGGGGAAGCAAUACGGUCUUCUGGCCAACGGUUUCAAGCAGUUUGGAAGCCAAGAAGAACUAGACAAGAAUUCGAUCCAGCAUCUGUUCCAAGUCUACGUGAAGAUAAGCAAGAUCAAGAGUGAACAAGAUGAGCCUAUCGAUGCACUCAAGAAGGAAAUCAGGGAGAAGAAGGCCAAAGGAGAGGAUGUCACAGGCCUAGAAGAGAAGCUAGCUCCACUGGUCGAAGCCAGUGAAGACGAAAAAGCACGAAAAUACUUCAAGAGCAUGGAAGAUGGGGAUCCAGAGCCACUUGCCCUGUGGCAAAAGUUCCGCGAUAUGAGCAUCGAAAAAUACAAGAGGACGUAUGCGCGGCUGAAUAUUGAAUUCGACGUCUACUCCGGUGAAUCACAGGUCAAGGCAGAAACCAUCAAGAAGGUGCUCGACAAUCUUAUGGCCAAGAAAAUUGCCGAAGAAUCGGACGGUGCGCUUCUGGUCGAUUUCUCCAAGUACGGAGCAAAGAAAUUGAACAAAGCGAUCAUCGUUCGAAGAGAUGGCACUCCGCUAUAUCUGACGCGAGAUCUGGCAGCGAUCCUAGAACGAUACGACAAGUACCACUUCGACAAGAUGAUCUACGUUGUGGCGGAUCAACAAAAUGAACACAUGGCUCAAGUUUUCAAGACUACAGAACUUGGUGGCUACAAAGAGGUUGCGGAGAAGUGUGAGCACAUUUCCUUUGGCAUGGUCAAGGGUAUGAGCACUCGACGGGGCACAGUCAAGUUCUUGGACGACAUCAUCCAGACGGUCAAAGAAACCAUGCUCGAGGUCAUGCAGAAGAACGAGAAGAAGUACGAACAGCUGGACGAUCCGGAAGCUGUGGCCGAUAUCCUGGCUAUCACUGCCAUCAUGGUGCAGGAUUUGACAGGCAAAGUCCGCAAUGGCUACGAAUUCAACAUCAACCAGAUGACAGCGUUCGAAGGAGACACGGGUCCAUACCUGCAGUAUGCCCAUGCACGACUGUGCUCGAUCGAACGGAGAGCCAAUGCGGAUCUGACUGCCCUGAGCUCUGCCGACCUGUCGUUGCUGAAGGAAGCUCAUGCUAUCAACUUGGCCCGGUCGUUGGCGCAAUAUCCUGACGUGGUCCUCAACACGCUCAAGACUCGUGAGCCAGCAACGCUAUUGACGUAUCUGUUCAAAAUGGCUCACGCUCUGAGUUCAAGUUAUGAUCAUCUGCAAGUUGUGGGAAGCGAGGCCGAAUUGCAGAAGGCUCGAUUGGCGCUGUACGAGGCUGCCCGUCAGGUUUUGUGGAAUGGCAUGACCUUGCUCGGCCUAACACCAGUGCAGCGAAUGUAACACGGCGGCUAUCGGCAGGUAGGAUGAGGUGACGGGUUGAUCCGACCAGGGGUGUUUGAGCAUUUUGAGCGGGAAUAUUCGGAACGCUAUUACUGGCGAAAGUGACUUGCGAUUACGAGAAUCUUGGGGUUCGGGCUCUGGGUCGAGAAGAAAGCCCACAACGAGGGUACAACUUGUAGACUGACGGCGGAUCAGAUUUUCUCCGGGGCGAUGAGACAGUUGCAGCGAUCAACAAGGAUCUAACCUAACACUCUUAUGAUGGUGACCAGGUCCAGCUCCAGCGGAUGAGGCGAUUCCUUGUUCUUUAAGAUGCUGAUGUGUGUUCAUGCAACUGUACAGACUAAGCACUUUUAGUCAGGGCAGGGAAGGCUGUUCACGUCACAGUGCGUUGGGCACCGAUAUUGUUUCGAGCUCCUGGGACAUACGGGACCUGAGAUUCUUCGUGUGCUGAAUCUGCGGAUCAUGAUCAUGGACCUCGACGAUGGGAUGAACGUGUCUGCACGCUAACAUGGUCUUGGAAACUCCAUGUCUACUAUACCUCACUGGACGAAACCUGCACAGUCUACUACGUCCAAGGCCAGCCACAGACAAGCAGGCUGCACCUUCUGUGUAACAUAGAGCUAGCAUAGCAUUGAAGCGAAUGAAGGAUGGGCUCUUCUCAUCAGCAUCAGCAUCACCAUCUGCAGGUAGGCUCCCCGCGUUUUCCUCAAUCAACAGCUUGCCAAC